AUGGAAGUUGGGUUGGAUUUUGAUAAGCAGAAAUGUCGUGGGAAGGAAGUUUGUGUAGGGUUGAAGAUUGAGGCUUAUAGCUGGUUGCCCUACUUUAGCUGCAAGAGACCUCAAGGGAAACUCCGAGAGGGUCUGUCCCCUGGCUCUCAGGAAGCAGGCGGGCGGGUGAGCCGGCCCCUCCACCCACACGUCCAUUGGGCGGCGCCGCCAUCACUCUCCCCUCGGCAACACCGCCUUCUUCGCGGCCAAGCUUCGAUCCCCUCCCCCGCCACUCUCGCCCCGCCCCGUCCUGGGAGCCUUUCAUUGGACGGACGCGCGGUCGAUCCGCCUCGAGUGAGGGAGGCGAUUGGACGCGAGGCCUUCGGGCCGCCCCCAGCCUAUUUGGAUUGGCUUGCUGCGCGUUGGCGCAACGGAAGAGGCGGACGGUGGAGGGGGCGCCUCUGCUUGGGCUGGACUGCCGCGGAGGAGGCGACAAGGGUUUCGGCGCUGGGGGGCUGGCUUGGGCGGCAGCGGCGGCUGCUGCGGAUGGGAGCGGGCCGGCUCGGCGUGCCCAUGGAGCGCCACGGCAGAGCGGCCGACACCUCCGCCUCGGCGGGGGAGCCGGCGCCCGAAGGGCCUGAUGGGCGGCGGCGGGAGCUGCUGCGGCGCCGGGCGAGUAGCGCGUCGGAGCCCCCAGUCGGGUCCUCUGCCUCGGCUUCGGCAGAGGGCAUUAGGCGAAACCGGCCCGGCUCCUACAGCGGCGCUCCCUCGGCCUCCCGCCAGCGCGUGGAAAGCCUCAGGAAGAAGCGGCAGCUUUUUCCAUGGUUUGGCUUGGAUAUUGGUGGAACCCUGGUUAAGCUGGUUUAUUUUGAACCCAAAGACAUCACUGCUGAAGAAGAAGAAGAAGAGGUGGAAAGUCUUAAAAGCAUUCGGAAGUACCUGACCUCCAAUGUGGCUUAUGGGUCCACAGGUAUUCGGGAUGUGCACCUGGAGCUGAAGGACCUGACUCUGUGUGGACGCAAGGGCAAUCUGCACUUUAUACGCUUUCCCACUCAUGACAUGCCUGCUUUUAUUCAGAUGGGCAGAGAUAAAAACUUCUCAAGUCUUCACACUGUCUUUUGUGCCACUGGAGGUGGAGCGUACAAAUUUGAGCAGGAUUUUCUCACAAUAGGUGACCUUCAGCUUUGCAAACUUGAUGAACUAGAUUGUUUAAUAAAAGGAAUUUUAUACAUUGACUCAGUUGGAUUCAAUGGACGGUCACAGUGCUAUUACUUUGAAAACCCUGCUGAUGCUGAGAAAUGUCAGAAGUUACCAUUUGAUUUGAAAAAUCCAUACCCUCUGCUUCUGGUGAACAUUGGCUCUGGGGUUAGCAUUUUAGCAGUAUAUUCCAAAGAUAAUUACAAGCGGGUCACGGGUACCAGUCUUGGAGGAGGAACUUUUUUUGGUCUCUGCUGUCUUCUCACCGGCUGCAGCACUUUUGAAGAGGCUCUGGAAAUGGCAUCUCGUGGAGAUAGCACCAAAGUGGAUAAACUAGUUCGAGACAUUUAUGGAGGGGACUAUGAGAGGUUUGGACUGCCGGGCUGGGCUGUGGCAUCCAGCUUUGGAAACAUGAUAAGCAAGGAGAAGCGAGAGGCUGUCAGUAAAGAGGACCUCGCCAGAGCAACGUUGAUCACCAUCACCAACAACAUUGGCUCAAUAGCAAGAAUGUGUGCCCUUAAUGAAAACAUUAACCAGGUGGUAUUUGUUGGAAAUUUCUUGAGAAUUAAUACGAUCGCCAUGCGACUUUUGGCAUAUGCUUUGGAUUAUUGGUCCAAGGGGCAGUUGAAAGCACUUUUUUCGGAACACGAGGGUUAUUUUGGAGCCGUUGGAGCACUCCUUGAGCUGUUGAAGAUCCCCUGAUCACCUGGGGAGGGUUCCUGGAACAUUGCACAAUGGGAUCUGUGAACUUUUGUUUUUUAAGAGACUCAAUUUUAUGAUGGUGUACUACCCAAAUCAAAGCAAGGAAGGAUGAGUGUAUUUUUCUAAGUCAUCAAGAUAAAUCCUUAAAAAUUUAGUCGAAACUAGUAACCACUAAGGAAAGAUACAUAUAAAAAGAAGUGGACAUGUCCACGGCAGUGAGGAUUUGCUGUAGUUAAGUUGCUUUUCAGUAUAGCUUUGUUAAACCUGCCAUGUGUUUUUGAAAUUCCCCGUGUCACUUACUGGGAGCCACUUCAGGGGAGAGCUGUUCAGUGUUCAGCUGGCUGGUUUUGUGUCCUGUUGAACGUGCUAAAUGUAAGGCAAGUACUAUAUGUUGUAAUCUCAUCACAAUGUAGUCAGUAUAGCCUUGGAGAUCAUUAUCUGUGAAUUAACUCUGGUGUUCAUUUAGCCUCUGUGUGAACAUAUUGGAAAACAUGUUUUAUUUAAGGUUCUGCAAA